CCUCUCGCUUUUCUCUAAGUUUGCCCAAUUUCCCUCUCACAAGUUUCCAUUGAAAAAAAACAAAAUUAACAAAUUUGCCAAACACUCCUUUUUCUUCGCUAUUACGCAACGUUAAUGGCUUCUUCAAGAAACAAAUCGUACGGACCGCCGCCAUCUUCUCCGUCGUCAUCCUCCGGCUUCGCAUCGUCAACUGCGUCAAGUUUCACAUCCUCGACCUUACUCCGACGCUCUACAUCUCCUACACGUGUCAACGUAAUGUACGGAAACAUCAACAAUCAAUCGCCGUCGCUCCGAUUCUCGAUGACCGAUCAUCACCGUUCAAUCUCGCCUAACCGUUCAAUUUCAUUCAAAAGGCAAACAACGAGCAACAAGAAUGCCGCUCCGGUGUCGUUUAACGGUAACAGCAACAACAAUAACAAACGCUCGUGCGCUUGUUCUCCUACUAAUCACCGCGGUUCUUACCGGUGCGCGUUUCACAAAGCGAUGAUGAAAAGUGGCGGUAACAGUACUCAAACGUCGUCGUAUCAGCAUUCGAGUGGUAGAUUGAAUUUCAGACGAUCUGCGAUGACUAAUUCGUUAGUGAGAAUUGGCGGUGUGGAAGGAGAGUUGGUUAAGAGAGCCUUAUCGGCGUUGAUUCGGCCGUCUUCUCAUCAGGUUCGGCGGCGUACGGCUUUUGAAUCGAGACCUAGUCGGCUUUCUGUUAUGUCUACUAGUUGAAAAGUUCUUGUUUGGGAUUCUUGAUAUUUUUUAGGGUGUUUUUGUACAAAUUAGAGACUAGUAAAUAAUUCCGAAUUUGCUUAUUUUGAUUUUGUGAUGAUUAAGCAAUAGUUUUGUGUGAGAUUUUUGAUAGAAACUAGUGGAGGUUGUUUGGGUCCAAGACUAAGAGAUCCAAGAUUCAGAUUGGGCAAGAGGUAUAUAAAUAAAAUUCUAGUUUUUUUUU